AUGGACACUCUCGAACGCAUACUUUCGCGUCCUGCCGCAAAGCCAUACCGGUCACGCAAAAUCACAACAGAUGGCGACAAACCAUUCCUCAACGAUGAUGGCUAUGUCGACUUUGCUCCAGACGACAUAGAAAAUCCCAAAAACUGGUCCAAGACGAGACGAUGGUAUAUCAGCAUAGUGUCGAUCUCUCUGGUUCUUAAUGCAACCUUCGCAUCGUCCAGUCCCUCGGGUUGUUUGGUGGGCAUUGCUGAGGAAUUUGGCGUGAGCAUCAUAGCAGCUGGCCUAGUUAUCACGCUGUUCUUGCUUGGAUACUGUUUCGGGCCCUUGUUCUUUGCUCCGUUGUCAGAAUUCUAUGGCAGGAGAUGGAUCUUCUACAUAACUUUCGUGUCUUAUCUUUCCUUCAAUUUCCUAUGUGCAUGGGCACCAAAUUUCGGAGCACUUCUGGUUGGCCGCUUCCUGACCGGUACUUUUGCUUCUGCGUCCCUAAGCAAUACUCCCGGCGUCUUCGCUGAUCUCUUUGGAGUGGUGGAAAGAGGCAAUGCGAUGGCUGUGUUUUCGCUGAUCACGUUCGCUGGUCCAGGUACCUCACCAGCGAUAUCCGGCUUCUUGCAGUUGACGAAGGACUGGCGUUGGUCGUUUUAUGUGCUCUUAUGGCUUGGAGGAGCUACUCUCGUCUUUCUCAUCACGAUCCCAGAGACACAUGCUGCUACUGUGCUGACGAACAAGGCUAAACGCAUCCGUCGUCUGAAGAUACCAGGCUACGAAAACGUUCAGUCGCCAAUCGAGGCACAAGGUCAAACCUUGGUGCAAAUCUUCAAGGUUACGUUGACUCGACCAUGGAUCAUUCUUUUCGAUCCCAUCUCCUUCCUCAUCGCAAUAUACAUCUCAGUCACCUACACAUUGCUAUACAUGCUGUUCUCAAUCUAUCCUAUUGUCUUCCGGCAGAUGAGAGGUUGGAAUUCAGGGGUCUCAGAACUGCCCUUGAUAGGCACCGUGCUAGGCGCGGCGAUCGGUGCUGGUGGGGUGUUCAUCACCUCACGAAAGACAGCACGGAAGAUCGAGGCAGGAGAGGAGAUCACACCAGAGGAUAGAUUACCGCUGGCCAUGAUAGGAGGUAUCGGUUUUGCUAUCUGCAUGUUCUGGUUUGGAUGGACUGCGAAUUUCAACUCGAUUCACUGGAUUGUGCCGACACUCGCCGGAGUGUUCUUAGCUGCCUCGAUUGUGCUGAUCUUUGUUUCAUUUUUAAACUAUCUUACAGAUACAUAUUUAAUCUACGCUGCAUCAGCCAUCGCAGCAAACACAGUCGCGAGAUCUGCAGCUGGUGCGUCGGCACCACUAUUCACGAACCAGAUGUUCAGGGCUUUGGGAGUAGGAGGAGGUGCAAGUUUGGUUGGUGGUGUAGCGGUUUUGCUGGCCGUAGUGCCUUUCGUGUUCUACAAGUACGGAGCGGGAAUCAGGAAAAGGUCGAGGUUCGCACCAACACCGAAGAAGGAUGAAGAAAGUCAAGAGGCGGACGUUGACAAUGAAGAGAAGACUUCUUCAGGCGAAGACAGAGCUUCAUCGAGAAAUCGCAGUGCAAGUACUUCUUCGACAAUAUCUGACUCCUCCGUCACUGUUCAGGAAGGAGGUCGGGAGCAUGAGAGUCCGAGGCAUUUUGCGGAAAAGGGAAAAUUGGACGACGUUGUAUGA